GGCAUGUUUGUGCGUCAAAACACAAAAUACACUCGAGGCGAACAAUUUAAUUCGUUUGGUAAACAGGACACGGCCGGAUGGAAGAAGUACUGCCGGAUAGGUAAAAGUCGCCGGACGGCGGGAGGCGGACGGCCGGGAUCCUGUCUGUAUAAAUAGAGGCAAGUGUUGGACCCGACUGCGUGUAAUCUAUUGAAAUCGGUUGAGAAUGGCGUAUUUUCGAAAUUUUCUGAAUUCCCCCAAUGACUGGACCCGACUUAAUGAAAAUAUCAAUGGAAUAAAGCCACUGACUAGCUGCUUUUAUUUCUUCGGCUUGAAAACGGGCUGCACUUUGAUUGCCGGAUUCGAAGCAUUGGUAAAUGUGCUCCAAGUGUGCAGCAUUUACUUGUCGGAAAUGGAGGUCAAGCCCAAAAUCACAACUACGGAGUCACCGGAUUCGAUGUUGGUCACUAGGGAACCGGACGGAGAUAUGCUGGGACCUAACAUAAGGACGCCUAUGUUUGAACCUAACCUGUACUUCCAAAAAGCACUAAUCUCGUUGACUAUCUUCAGAUCCUUGCUACUUAUUAGUCACAUAACCUGUCUCGUCCUUUGGAUUUGCAUUACGGUUAUAACCUUGUUAAUUAACACUUGUAAUAAUAUUAUGCAAGAUGACGAGCUGCUGACUAUUCUUUUUUCUACCAUUUCAUUUUUUCUCGAAAUCUAUUUCUGCGCAGUGGUUGCCUCCUUGGUUUUGAAAUUGCAGCAAAAACUUCGUCGUAACGUGCAGGAAUCGGAAGUGCUGUUCACACGAAUCGAGGAAGUUUAAUUAAAUGCAAGAUAAUUGAAUUAUACUUUUAAAUUUUCAAGCUCCUACUUACAAUUAUUUAAUUUUUACUUGGUUUGUUGCAUUCCCAAAUUGAAAAAGCAUGUACUCAUAAUAAUUUGGAAUAAAUACACAAUACACUGCAAUACUUUGUCAUUUUC